CACUCCAUCCCCUCCUGCCUCCGUGGCUUCCUCCUCCUUUCCUUCCCCUACCGAUCCUCCCCAGCCUUCCCGCCCGGGGCUGCAGUUACCUGUCCCCUCCCCCACUCGGCACGCACCUCCCGAUUCCCCGCCGCCCACCUCGGACCUCGGGACCCCCGAUUUCUAGACGCUCAGCACUCGCUGCCUGCGCCGGCCGCCCCCUCAACUCUUUCUCCUGGGGGCAGGAGGGUGGGAUGGGGGGCAUUGAGCCUCGGAGGCGGCGCGAGCGGGGACCCGAGCGCCCAGACAAUAGUUGAUGCCCGGGGACCGGGGCAUCUCCGCCCCCCAUUCUGCUAGGAACGAGUUCCCCGCCGGCUGCUCUCGGGUGUGCAUUCCGGGUUCCCCUUAAAGCCUGGCUCGGGAGUUGGACUGAUUCACUAUCGCCUUCACCGGGUCCCCCUUCGCUCGGCGCCCGCCCCGACCUCGCCGCCUGCCGUUCUCCGCAGAAGAGGCGGCGAGUGAGCGCGCGCCGACGGUCUACACGGUUUCUCUUUCUCCCCAGGGAGAGCGCGCGGCGGACGCACCCGGGACGCGCGGCCGCACCAAGAGGCUGGGCCCAGCGGUUCACUUUUAAAUUCGAAUCUUCUGCAGUACUGGCUGUAACCUAAUUUCCAAGAUUUUUGUGUAAGAGAUAGAUUGAAAGGACUGUAAUUUCAGGCUUUGAGAGAAUACCUCAAGUUGGACUCAAGGAAGAUUUACUAACUGAAGUGGCAAAAGGUUAUACAUUAUUAUCGUGGAUGGUAAUUAUCUGAAUUUCUGAAACCAUGGCACGAGAAUAUAAGAAAGCAUGGGAUUAUGGCAGUCACAGCGUCCCAGUAAUACAAAUUCCAUUCAGUUUUUUCUGAAAGAGAGCCAUCUAUUAAAGUGAAGCAAAGGAACUAUUGUGGAUUAUAAUGUUUUGAAGAUCUGGAUUUUCAGAAGUUUGAAAAUAAGACAUUCAGCCUUUUAAAUGAAAAAGGUUAAGAUUUCAUACAACUGCUGCAUUUGCUGGAAACCAUUCUCCAAAAGGGAAGUACACAUUUAAAACUUAGAUACAAUGGUCCUUUCUGCAGGGAUUUGAGUCUGAUCGCUAGUACAUCAUGACCAGCUUGAAACGGUCGCAGACGGAGAGGCCCGUUGCCACCGAAAGGGCCUCCGUCGUCGGCGCAGAUGGCCCUCCCAAAGUCCACACCGACGACUUCUACAUGCGGCGCUUCAGGUCCCAGAAUGGCAGCUUGGGAUCUUCUGUCAUGGCUCCCGUAGGGCCCCCCCGCAGCGAAGGCUCUCACCAUAUAACCUCGACCCCUGGGGUCCCAAAGAUGGGGGUUAGGGCAAGGAUUGCAGAUUGGCCCCCAAGGAAGGAGAACGUAAAAGAAUCUAGCCGUUCAAGCCAGGAAAUAGAAACCUCAAGUUGCCUUGAGAGCAUGUCCUCCAAAAGCAGUCCUGUGAGUCAGGGAAGUUCUGUUAGCCUCAAUUCCAGUGACUCAGCCAUGUUAAAAAGCAUACAGAACACGCUGAAGAACAAGACGCGACCGUCGGAGAACAUGGACUCCAGAUUUCUGAUGCCUGAAGCCUAUCCUAGCUCCCCUAGAAAGGCUCUUCGCAGAAUACGACAGCGGAGCAACAGUGAUAUCACCAUAAGUGAACUUGACGUGGAUAGCUUUGAUGAAUGUAUCUCGCCCACGUACAAGACUGGGCCAUCACUACACAGGGAAUAUGGUAGCACAUCUUCAAUUGAUAAGCAGGGAACGUCUGGAGAGAGCUUCUUUGAUUUGUUAAAGGGCUACAAAGAUGACAAAUCUGACCGAGGUCCAACUCCAACCAAGCUCAGUGACUUUCUCAUCGCCGGUGGGGGCAAGGGUUCUGGUUUCUCUUUGGAUGUUAUAGACGGGCCCAUCUCACAGAGAGAGAACCUCAGACUCUUUAAGGAAAGGGAAAAACCACUCAAGCGACGUUCCAAGUCUGAAACUGGAGACUCAUCCAUUUUUCGUAAAUUACGCAAUGCCAAAGGUGAUGAACUUGGGAAAUCGUCGGAUCUUGAAGAUAACCGAUCAGAAGACUCCGUCAGGCCCUGGACGUGUCCGAAGUGCUUUGCCCACUACGAUGUCCAGAGUAUAUUAUUUGACUUGAAUGAGGCGAUUGUGAACAGGCACAAUGUUAUUAAGAGGAGGAACACCACCACGGGGGCGUCGGCAGCUGCCGUGGCAUCCUUGGUCUCGGGACCGUUGUCCCACUCAGCCAGUUUUAGCUCCCCGAUGGGCAGCACAGAGGACCUGAAUUCCAAAGGAAGCCUCAGCAUGGACCAGGGUGAUGAUAAAAGCAAUGAACUUGUAAUGAGUUGCCCAUAUUUUCGGAAUGAGAUAGGUGGAGAAGGUGAAAGGAACAUCAGCCUGUCGAAAUCAAAUUCUGGUUCCUUCAGUGGAUGUGAAAGUGCCUCCUUCGAGUCUGCACUCAGCUCCCAUUGCACAAAUGCGGGAGUGGCAGUCCUUGAAGUGCCCAAGGAAAACUUGGUGUUGCAUCUGGAUCGCGUGAAGAGGUACAUUGUGGAACAUGUGGAUCUUGGCGCGUACUAUUACAGGAAAUUCUUCUAUCAGAAGGAACACUGGAACUAUUUUGGGGCUGAUGAGAAUCUUGGUCCAGUGGCUGUGAGCAUUCGAAGGGAAAAACCUGAAGAAAUGAAAGAAAAUGGAUCUCCUUACAACUACCGAAUAAUAUUUAGAACUAGUGAGCUCAUGACACUGAGAGGUUCAGUCCUGGAAGAUGCCAUUCCCUCAACGGCAAAGCACUCGACAGCCAGAGGGCUGCCUCUGAAAGAAGUGCUAGAGCAUGUGAUUCCCGAGCUCAAUGUCCAUUGCCUGCGGUUGGCCUUCAACACUCCCAAGGUCACAGAGCAGCUCAUGAAACUGGAUGAACAAGGGCUGAACUAUCAGCAGAAAGUCGGCAUCAUGUACUGCAAAGCUGGACAGAGCACGGAAGAAGAGAUGUACAACAAUGAAUCAGCUGGCCCAGCCUUUGAGGAAUUCCUUCAGCUGUUGGGAGAACGCAUUCGGCUCAAAGGAUUCGAGAAGUAUCGUGCACAGCUUGACACCAAAACUGACUCCACUGGAACCCAUUCUCUAUACACCACAUACAAGGACUAUGAAAUCAUGUUCCAUGUUUCUACCAUGCUGCCGUACACACCUAACAACAAGCAACAGCUCCUACGGAAGCGGCACAUUGGAAAUGAUAUUGUAACAAUUGUUUUCCAAGAGCCUGGAGCACAGCCAUUCAGCCCGAAAAACAUCCGAUCUCACUUUCAGCAUGUUUUCGUCAUUGUCAGGGUCCACAACCCCUGCACAGACAGUGUCUGUUACAGUGUGGCUGUCACCAGGUCCAGAGAUGUGCCUUCCUUUGGACCUCCCAUCCCCAAAGGGGUAACUUUCCCUAAGUCAAAUGUGUUCAGGGACUUCCUUUUGGCCAAAGUGAUUAAUGCAGAAAACGCUGCUCAUAAAUCAGAAAAGUUCCGAGCCAUGGCGACUCGGACCCGCCAGGAAUACCUGAAAGAUCUGGCAGAAAAGAAUGUCACCAACACCCCUAUUGACCCAUCUGGCAAGUUCCCUUUCAUCUCUCUGGCCUCCAAAAAGAAGGAAAAGUCUAAGCCAUACCCAGGAGCUGAGCUCAGUAGCAUGGGGGCCAUUGUGUGGGCUGUCCACGCCAAAGACUACAACAAGGCAAUGGAGAUAGAUUGCCUCCUAGGGGUCUCCAAUGAGUUCAUCGUCCUCAUCGAACAGGAAACAAAGAGCGUGGUUUUCAACUGUUCCUGCAGAGAUGUGAUAGGGUGGACUUCAACUGACACUAGCCUCAAAAUCUUCUACGAGCGAGGGGAAUGUGUUGCGGUGGAGAGUUUCAUUAACAAUGAGGAUAUCAAAGAGAUUGUCAAAAGGUUGCAGUUUGUGUCUAAGGGCUGUGAGUCAGUGGAGAUGACUCUGAGAAGGAAUGGGCUGGGACAGCUUGGCUUCCAUGUCAACUACGAGGGCAUCGUGGCAGACGUGGAGCCCUACGGCUAUGCCUGGCAGGCAGGGCUGAGGCAGGGCAGCCGGCUGGUGGAGAUCUGCAAGGUGGCGGUGGCCACUCUGAGCCAUGAGCAGAUGAUCGAUCUCCUAAGAACAUCUGUCACAGUGAAGGUUGUCAUUAUUCCCCCCCAUGAUGACUGCACCCCACGGAGGAGUUGCUCUGAAACCUACCGCAUGCCGGUGAUGGAGUACAAAAUGAAUGAAGGGGUUUCAUACGAAUUCAAGUUUCCAUUCCGAAAUAACAACAAAUGGCAGAGGAGUGCCAGCAAAGGGCCUCACGCUCCUCAAGUCCCGUCCCAGGUGCAGAGUCCCAUGACCUCGAGGCUGAAUGCCGGGAAGGGCGACGGGAAGAUGCCGCCUCCAGAAAGAGCCGCCAACAUUCCUCGCAGCAUCUCGAGUGACGGGCGGCCCCUGGAGAGGCGGCUGUCUCCUGGUUCGGACAUCUACGUGACGGUCUCCUCCAUGGCUCUAGCAAGAUCUCAGCAGUGUCGUAACUCCCCCAGCAACCUGUCUUCAUCCAGCGAGACUGGCUCUGGUGGGGGCACUUACAGGCAGAAAUCCAUGCCUGAAGGGUUCGGAGUAAGCCGCAGAUCCCCAGCCUCCAUGGACAGGCAAAACACCCAGUCCGAUAUUGUUGGCAGCGGAAAAUCCACACCCAGCUGGCAAAGAAGUGAGGAUAGCAUUGCCGACCAGAUGGCUUACAGUUAUAGAGGACCUCAGGAUUUCAAUUCUUUUUUCCUCGGGCAGCAUGAAUAUACAGAGCCAACGUGUCAUCUCCCAGCAGUAUCAAAGGUGCUGCCAGCUUUCCGAGAGAGCCCCAGUGGGAGGUUAAUGCGGCAGGAUCCAGUGGUUCAUUUGUCUCCGAACAAACAAGGGCAUUCUGAUAGCCACUACUCGAGCCACUCCAGCAGCAAUACCCUCUCCAGCAACGCAUCGAGUGCCCACAGUGACGAGAAGUGGUACGACGGGGACCGCACAGAAUCCGAACUCAACAGCUACAACUAUCUGCAAGGCACCUCUGCUGACAGUGGCAUUGACACCACCUCCUAUGGCCCCAGCCACGGCAGCACGGCCUCUCUGGGGGCUGCCACGUCGUCUCCUCGCUCGGGGCCAGGCAAGGAGAAAGUGGCACCCCUGUGGCAUAGUUCCAGUGAAGUGAUCUCCAUGGUCGAUCGGACUUUGGACACAGAGAGCCACGGCAUGGACCGGAAAACAGAAUCUUCCCUGAGCUUGGAUAUCCACAGCAAGAGCCAGGCCGGGUCCAACCCUCUGACACGGGAGAACAGCACUUUCAGUAUAAACGAUGCUGCUUCCCACACAAGUACCAUGAGCUCUCGUCACUCUGCCAGCCCAGUUGUCUUCACCAGUGCCAGAAGUUCACCUAAAGAAGAGCUUCAUCCUGCCACCUCCUCGCAGCUCGCACCUUCCUUCUCUUCUUCCUCAUCCUCUUCAUCUGGUCCUAGGACUUUCUACCCGCGCCAGGGCGCUACUAGCAAGUACCUGAUUGGAUGGAAAAAACCCGAAGGAACCAUAAACUCCGUGGGGUUCAUGGACACAAGAAACGGCGGCAAUGAAGUAGCCCACACCAGGCUGCGUGCCUCAACCAGGGACCUCCGGGCAUCCCCUAAGCCAGCCUCCAAGUCCACUAUUGAGGAAGAUCUCAAGAAACUCAUCGACCUUGAAAGCCCAACUCCCGAAUCCCAGAAGAACUUUAAGUUCCAUGCGCUCUCCUCGCCUCAGUCUCCUUUUCCUACCACCCCCACUUCAAGGCGGGCCCUGCACAGAACGCUGUCCGACGAGAGUAUUUACAGCGGCCAGAGGGAGCACUUUUUCACCUCGAGGGCCUCGCUCCUGGACCAAGCCCUGCCCAACGAUGUCCUCUUCAGUAGCACGUACCCUUCUCUUCCCAAGUCUCUUCCGUUGCGGAGGCCUUCUUACACCUUGGGAAUGAAGUCGUUGCAUGGAGAGUUCUCAGCCUCUGACAGCUCCCUCACAGACGUGCAGGAGACCCGAAGGCCCAUGCCCGACCCCGGCCUGAUGCCCCUGCCGGACGCUGCUGCGGAUUUGGAUUGGUCCAACUUGGUGGAUGCUGCCAAGGCCUAUGAGGUCCAGAGAGCCUCAUUCUUUGCUGCUAGCGAUGAAAACCAUCGCCCCUUGAGUGCUGCAUCCAACAGUGACCAGCUUGAGGACCAGGCUCUGGCCCAGAUGAAGUCCUAUAGCAGCAGUAAAGACUCCUCUCCCACUCUGGCUUCUAAAGUGGACCAGCUGGAAGGGAUGUUGAAGAUGCUUCGGGAAGAUUUGAAGAAGGAAAAAGAAGACAAAGCCCACCUUCAGGCAGAAGUUCAGCACUUGCGGGAGGACAACCUGAGGCUGCAGGAAGAGUCCCAGAAUGCCUCCGACAAGCUGAAGAAGUUCACGGAAUGGGUCUUCAAUACCAUAGACAUGAGCUAGGGCAGGAGAGGGGGACGGGGGGCCCCCUGGUUGUACCGUUGGCCGCAUUCUCGGGGCUCCCGCCUCCGCUUCUGGCUUGCCCUCUUUGGUGAGUGCACAGCAAUUGCAGAUCAACAAUCAUUAUCUGCCUUUUGUAGAAAAGAAAAAGUAAAAAUUUUAAAAAGUAAAAUAAAAGUUUAACUGCUAAAAUGUGAAUGUCUUUAUUUUUUGCACAAUAUCUGUUAUGUAUUUAAAAAGAAACCGGGCCUAGGACCAGGGGCCCCCCAAACCCCGGCCCAUCUGCCUCUAUUUCCAUCAGCUCUUUGUUAAGUAUUUCAGGUAACCCAAGCUUUCCCUCAUUCUGACAAAUGUCAUUGUUCCUAAGGAAAUAAUUUUUUUUUAAAUUUAUUUGGGGAGUGGAGAGGAGAUUUUCUUACCUUCCUUCCUAAAAUGCCUGAGGCGGGAGGAGCUUUUAGAAAAUGCCAACCUCCCUUGAGUGAGGAAGGCUGUUUGUACCUGUGUGAGACAGAUUAGCAAGAUCAGGGUUCUUUAACAAUAGCAAGUCAGUGGACCAGAGAGAAGAGGUGGUGCCUGUGGGCCGUGCCCCUUCUCCGUCCUGUGUGACAUCGCUCCCUCCACCUUCCUUUCUCCAGGGAGGUGGUCCCAGGUGCUAUGUGCUUUUCAGAGCGAGAGCCCGUUCGGCUUAAGUGAAUCCCACCAAACUGGAAUCAAUCUCUCUGUAGCUUUGUAGCUCCAAACAAAUAUUCGUAUGCAUUUUGGUCAAAAGUAUAGUUUUUGUUCGAAAUUUUUAAAGACGAGAAUGUGGCAAAAUUACGUUUUUAGCUCACUCAAAAUGAUCGUAUUAAUAAACUAAUAAAUCCUUGUCUGCAAAGCAAGAUUUCACCCAUAUUUGUUACUAGGAAAAGUGAAUGUUAAAUUGUGAAUUUCAAUACUUGCCUGUUAGGAGCAAUGACCGUGAUAAUAGAAUGGGCUUUUGAAACCUGCAUGUCCCAGUGUGCCAGUUAAGCACGGCAUUCUCUGCAUCCUGUUGUGGCCAUCCAAAGGAUUCUGCUGCAGAAAUGGCUGAUGUGCCAUCUUUUUCUGUCUAGUGAUGCAGCUGCUUUGGGCCCCCGGCCAUUGUUCCAAGGCCCUCAGUCCCGCAGAGCAGAGACAUUGGGCCCACCAGUGUUUAGGGACCCCAGGGGAGCCCCUGGUGGCCCUCUUUCUAGCCUUUAUAACUGUCACUAAACUGACAACUGUGCCCCUUCAGUGGCAACUCUCGUCUAGCGGGGGAACGUUCAGCAAUCUAGUGUCAUCUGCCUGGAUGUUCCCUGCCCCAAGUAAUCCCAACUCAUUCCUCUCUCCUGAUACGUUGUCCUCUCUUCUCCCCCACCCAUGCCGCCAGACUUUUAUGCUACAGUUUCAUUCAUGAUUGCGAUUUCUCCAUGGGAUUUUUUUUUUUCUGGUGACAUUUCUAUCAUGGAAAUAGAAAGAUUUCAGAGUGCUUUGUAAAGAUCUCACUUGUCUCUCUCUUUGACUUGUAUGAAGGAGAUUGUACAUUGCCUGAUAUCUCUUUGUAAAUGAGAAAUAUCACUAACAUCCAAGCAUUCUGAAGGCUUGCUUAUCCUUCUGAGUUUAGUUUUUAGUUGGUUUUAUAUUUUGUUUGGGGACUUGGGGCAAGCUAUUUAUUAGAGUUUUGCAACAGAGUUCUUGUUUGAAGCCUUUAAAGACUACUUGUAAAAUUCAAACAAUAAAAUUCAUUUUAAACGCUC